AUGCAGAAGGUUAUCCAACGGACAGCUGCAGCCCGGAAGCAGGCUCUCCGGAAUACUGCCAAAACUCGUGAACGACAGGAUUUGCUGGACCGUCUUACCACGAGACGGCAACGGAAGGAUUAUGGUGUUGCGCUCUACGCCCAACACAAGGCAGCACGCCAGAACCGCUGGGAGGAUUGGGAAAAGGGAUCAAUUGCUCCUAUGAGAGAUUCUGGUCUUGAGAAGGAAAUCUACGGCGCAGUCCCUGGUGUUCUCCUACAACCCCCAAGCAUCCCCAAGCAUCUGCGUCGGAAGCACAUCCUCUUCGCUGAAGGUGACAAGGUUUGCGUUAUGCGUGGACGCGACCAGGGCAAGAUCAAUGUUAUCCAGCAGAUCAACCGGGAUAGUGAAACCGUCAUUAUCAAGGAUGUCAACGUGUACGACGUUAUUGUCCCCGAAUGGGCCAAGUCGCGAAUUGGACACCAGGACGACACCCAAGCACAAACCUUCCCCGUUCCCAUGGACGACAUCCGUCAUGUUAUUCCGCUGGAAGACACUGAAACUGGAGAGACAAAAAACGUUAUUGUUGAACAUGCCUACGCCGCUGGCCCUUACAGUGAUCGCCUACCGCACAGCAAACUCCCGAAACACUCUCGUUACGUCUCUGGUCUGAACAUUGAAAUCCCUUGGCCAGCUGAGGACGACCCCAUAAUCACUGAUGGAGAAAUGGACACCCUCCGCGUCGAGGUCGAGACAAGCACAUUUAUUCCAACAAUCCGCCAGCCGCCUUUCCCCUCCACUAUCAUUGACGAGCUGCGCAAUAAGUACUCCAAGUUCCGUACUCGUCACGACCCUGAAUAUCUGGAACAGAAGAUGGAGGAGGACUACCGCAAGGAAUUCAGAGAAACUGUGUCUUUGAUGAAGCCCAUCACAGACUUCGCCAAGAUCCGCGCUGCUAAGAACGCGGAAAAGAGGAAGGCCAUGACAGAUGAAGAUGGAAAGAUGUACUUGUCUGCGAAAACUCAAGCAUUCAUCAACGCUCACCUCGAAGAGUCACGGAAGAAUUCGCCAGCGCAGAAAGCCAAGGGGAAAAGGGCAGAAUUGCACAAGGCAUAA